ACAUUGGAAAGAUCGAAGAGCGUUUGUCAUGUGUGAAACACAAGAUCCUCGUGCUGUCCGGAAAAGGUGGAGUUGGAAAGUCAACAGUUUCAUCUAUGCUCGAGCAGAACACUAUCCAUGGAUGUGAAUAAAAGCGUGGCGCUGCUGGACAUCGACAUCUGCGGCCCGUCGGUGCCCCGCAUCAUGGGCCUGGAGGGCGAGAACGUGCACCACUCGGGCUCCGGAUGGUCGCCUGUCUUCGUAAAGGAUAACCUGGCCGUCAUGUCGGUGGGCUUCCUGCUGGCCUCGCCGGACGACGCGGUCAUCUGGCGCGGCCCCAAGAAGAACGGCCUCAUCAAGCAGUUCUUACGGGACGUCGAUUGGGGCGACACUGAUUACCUGAUCGUGGACACGCCGCCGGGCACCUCGGACGAGCACCUGUCGGUGGUGCAGUACCUCCAGUCUAGUGGCAUAGACGGCGCCAUUAUCGUGACGACACCGCAGGAGGUGGCGCUGCUCGACGUCAGGAAGGAGAUCACCUUCUGCAGGAAGGUCGGCGUGCCUGUCCUCGGCGUGGUCGAGAACAUGGCCGCCUUCGUCUGCCCCAAGUGCGAGACGACCACCAGAAUCUUCCCACCGAGCACGGGAGGCGCCGAAAAGAUGGCACGUGACAUGGAGGUGCCGUACCUCGGCUCCAUCCCACUGGACCCCAGGGUGGCGCGCAGCUGCGACGAGGGCCUCGACCUGGCCGAGGAGCCGACCAGCACCACACGGCGAUACGUCGACAUCGCGUCCAGAAUCCUGGAUGCCUGCGAGGGAACGGUUAAGGAGCGGAGCGACAUGGAGACGGCGUAGUCGCGUUUGUCAGCGGUGUUGUUUCAUUGUAUUCCAAAUGGAUCGGUUACAUUAUACCCAGGAUGAACGAGGCUAUUAUGGCACUCAUGUAGCGUCUAGUGACCAUCGUGACACUCCUUGGGUUGAGACCAGAUGGGUCGAACUAUCCUCUGAAUGGUUUGUGUGGGGGUUCAAGAGAAGUCGGAACGGCGACGGCUCUUCCGUGGUACUGUUCAGGUCGUGGUAGACUAGCCCACCAGAGCCCUGCAUCGUGCGUGCCAUAAGCAGACACAUGUCUAAGGACUCGACCCUUGGCUGCUUGUCGCCUGUCGGCUGGAUGUGGUCGGAUACGGCAGUCUUCCGGGAAGGAAAGCGAAUGACGACUCUAUUAAAUAUAUUAAAACAUGUCUCACCGGUAUGUCACAGGUACAGAUAGUAUUAUUUUAAAUACACUCAUUCCACUCUGGA